UAGACCGCCCUAGUUCCAAAAUAACCCAAAGUCGAAAGUCGAGAGACUCGAAACACUGAACAUCCAGAAAGAGGAAGAGAAGAGACUGUGUUUGUGUGGAUAAGAGGCAAAGAAGAAAAAAAAAACAGAGGAACAACAACAAUGGCAGGUUUAGCUACUACUGCAGGCAAUAUCUUAGCUCCGCCAUUGUUAACCCGCCUCAAGCUCAAACCUCCUUCUACUCCACUUCUUUCUCUCUCCUCUUUUCAAUCCAAUCUCUUUGGCCUUCGUCUUUGUAUUUCUACCUUUCAUUUUCAAUCCUUUCCUCUUUCUCUCUCCUCUUCUCACCGUCUUUCUGUUUCUGCUCGAUAUUCUGGGAAGAACAACGAUGAUGAUCAAGCUCUUGAUAUUUCUACCGUUAGGUCGGAUAAAGUUAGGUUAAUUGAUGAGCAGCAAAAUAUGAUUGGAGUUGUAUCAAAAGGCGAAGCAAUUCGAAGAGCUGAGGAUUCACAGCUUGAUUUGGUGGUUCUCUCACCCGAUGCAGAUCCUCCAGUUGUCAGAAUAAUGAACUAUGAUAAAUAUAGAUAUGAACAGCAGAAGAAGAAAAGGGAACAACAGAAGAAAAGUGCUGCUAGUCGUAUGGACUUAAAAGAACUCAAGAUGGGGUACAACAUCGAUGUCCAUGAUUAUUCUGUGCGCCUUAGAGCUGCACAAAAGUUCUUAAAAGAUGGUGACAAGGUAAAGGUUAUGGUAACUAUGAAAGGACGUGAAAAAGCCUUUCUAGAUAAGGCGAUUCAGCUCAUCAGAAAGUUCCAAAGUGACCUUGGUGAGCUUGCAACUGAGGAGCACAACAAUUUUGCUCGUCGCAGGAAAGAAGAUUUCACCGAGAGAUUUAUAUUUUUGAUUCUUGUACCAAAUAAAAAUGUCGUGCAAAAGGCCCCAGAAGGGCCAAAGAAGAAGCGUGAUUCAGCUCCUAAUGAAGUCUCAGUUGCCUCUAAUGAAGUCUCGGCUGCUCCUAGUGAAGUCUCUGUUGCUUCUAAUGAAGUCUCGGCUGGUGUUUAGUGCUACAAAAGUGGUUCAAGCUCUACUGAGAAAAUAGGUGGCUGAUAGUCUUCAUGAUGUACAAGGUUUGAUAGCAAAUUACAGCUUCUGUAUAGCAUUAAUGGAAUAGAGUUUGUACGGCUUACACAGUUUGCUCAAGAUUGUAUAAAUAUCUUUCGAGUUGCUGUGCUAGAAUCAGUAUUAUAUCGUUCUUGAAAUUAUAUGAAAAACAUUUUUCUUAACAACGAUAGGCCACCAAUUACAUCAACAUCAAUUGCUUAGAGCAUGGUGAGAUUUUUGUUGUAAAUUCUACCUCAAUUAUACGAGAAGAAUUUUGAUGGAUUAGAAUUUAAGCAAUCUACUAUAUCUCGUACAUGUAAAAGUAAAACUUUCCUAUCAACUCAAUUACUUGUUGAAGGGCAGUGUAGUACAUUUAUUGAGUGAAUUGUUGUAUGACUUAUUGAGCUUUA